GAAUAAAUUGGCAGAUUCCUUAAGAUUUAAUUUGCAUUUUUGUGCACUAUAAGGAAAAGUUCGGCUAUACAAUGUGUGGUGAUUUCUAAGCAUUUAGUGCGCAGUGUUAAUACUCGUGAGACCAGUGGCUUUAGCAGUAACGAUCCCGUAGCCGCGCAUGGAUAAUGCGAUGCUGAGCAAGUGGGAAAACGCGAAAGGGGGUGGAGUUCGUCUUCUCCACUUUACCAGUGUGCCAGUGUUGCUCACAGAGCUCUCACUGCAUGCGCGCACUUUCGCAAUCCUCUGCGCUCUGUAGCAGCCCCACUUUCCAUCAGUCCGCCUGGAAUUGUAGAGCGCAUCGUGCAUCAUCUCUGCUCGCUGUGUUACUGCGCUAAAGCCUUCGUUUGGAAAGUGAAGCUGCGGGAGGCAGACAGCUUCCCCGCGCCCAUGGAGGGAGACGGGAUGGACAAGCUGGAGCGCAUGGCCUCCGUGUGCGAGCUCGAUCCAGUCACAGGCAACAUCCCCGCCACCAAAGUGGAAAUCAGUGUCUCAUGCAGAAACCUGCUAGAUCGAGAUACAUUCUCCAAAUCGGAUCCAUUAUGUAUCAUGUAUACUCAGGGAGCAGAGUCGAAGCAGUGGCGAGAGUUUGGGAGGACAGAAGUGAUUGACAACACACUCAACCCAGAUUUUGUGAGGAAGUACAUUCUGGACUAUUUUUUUGAGGAGAAGCAAAAUCUGCGUUUUGACAUAUAUGACAUUGAUUCCAAAAGUCCUGACCUGGCCAAGCAUGACUUCCUGGGUCAGACGUUCUGCACUCUGGGUGAGAUAGUGGGAUCUCCAGCCAGUCGACUAGAAAAGCCUCUGGGGGGCAUUCCAGGGAAAAAAUGUGGCACUAUCAUUUUAACAGCAGAGGAACUGGGAAACUGCAGGGACUGUGUCACUAUGCAAUUCUGUGCCAAUAAGCUGGACAAGAAAGACUUCUUUGGUCGCUCAGACCCUUUCAUGGUGUUCUACCGGAGUAAUGAGGACGGAACGUUUACUAUCUGCCAUAAGACAGACGUGAUGAAAAACACACUCAACCCUGUGUGGAAACCUUUCAGCAUCCCUGUGAGAGCCCUCUGCAAUGGAGACUAUGAUAGGUCAAUUAAGGUGGAAAUAUAUGAUUGGGACAGGGAUGGCAGCCAUGACUUCAUUGGAGAAUUUUCCACUAGCUACCGGGAGCUGUCACGGGGCCAGAGUCAGUUCAAUGUUUAUGAGGUGGUGAAUGCCAAAAAGAAAACAAAGAAGAGACGAUACAUAAACUCUGGAACAGUGACGUUGCUUUCAUUCUCUGUUGAGGCGGAACACACUUUCCUAGAUUACAUCAAAGCAGGCACUCAGAUCCAUUUCACCGUGGCUAUUGAUUUCACAGCUUCCAAUGGGAACCCAUCUCAGUCCACAUCUCUGCAUUAUAUGAACCCAUACCAGAUGAACGCCUAUGCUAUGGCACUAAAGGCUGUCGGGGAGAUCAUCCAGGAUUAUGACAGUGACAAGAUGUUCCCAGCAUUGGGUUUUGGAGCCAAACUCCCCCCUGAUGGCAGAGUGUCUCAUGAAUUCCCCCUGAACGGUAAUGUAGAUAACCCAUACUGUAAUGGCAUGGAGGGCAUUCUAGAGGCAUACCACCAGAGUCUGAAGACGGUUCAGCUUUAUGGACCAACUAACUUUGCCCCAGUCAUCAAUCAUGUAGCGAGAUAUGCAGCAGUAGUGGAAGAUGGCUCACAGUACUUUGUGCUCCUAAUCAUCACAGAUGGAGUUAUAUCAGACAUGGCUCAGACCAAAGAAGCCAUCGUCAGUGCUGCUAAACUCCCAAUGUCCAUCAUAAUUGUUGGAGUUGGCCAGGCUGAGUUUGAUGCCAUGGUUGAAUUGGAUGGUGAUGACAUCCGAAUAUCCUCAAGAGGGAAGCUGGCAGAAAGGGACAUUGUUCAGUUUGUGCCAUUCCGGGACUACAUGGACCGGACAGGGAACCAUGUUCUCAGCAUGGCGCGGCUAGCCAAAGAUGUCCUGGCGGAGAUCCCCGAUCAGUUAAUCUCUUAUAUGAAAUCAAGAGGCAUCAAACCCAACCAGACUCCACCAGACUGUAGCCCUGCUGUGCUUAGCCCAAUCUCUACUAUCUGAGUUUAUACCGGCUCAGUUCAGACCAGGGAAAACAGGCUGUAGUCACAGGCUUCCCUCUCCACAUCUGGAUAUUUUCACAACCAAUCCAGCAGUAUCUCUACAGGUGAACAUGCUAUAAAGCACAAACAAUCAAGCAAUGGCCACAGGGUAUGGCUCACACUCCUUUCAGAGUCUGAACAACAACAAGUGACACUCUAUUUGAGUUUAUGAGAUUUGUUUCAGUGGUAAGAACACCUUUGGAUUUUUAAAAAUAUGUCAAUACUUGGACAAGACCUGGAUAUUCUUUUGAGUGUAGUUUACUUUGUCAUUUUAGAGCUUGUUCACUACCUGUUCUACAAAAUUUGAGACUUAUAGACUUCUUUUUAGGAGUAUGUAUAGCUUAAAUAAGAGACACUCUCUAGAGACAAUUGCCUUGUUUCUUUAUUUUAUUUAUUUAUUUAUUUAUUUAUUUUGCUUGCACAUCACAGCAGCAUCAGGAUAGGUUUACAAUAUCACUGUUCCAGGGCAUUUCAUCCAGCUAUAGGAUUUGUAAAUAUAUGCCAUGAAGAGAAUAAUUUAGAUAACCACUAGUGGUUGCAAAAAGAUGUCAUGUCAGAUGAUUUUAAUUGUACAAUGCCCUAGAUAGGCUUGCAAA